AUGCCUUCCGACUCUUUUGACACUGACUACGCGCAGCGCGAGAGGUCUCGCUCGCCCCGCCGACGUUCUCGCAGUCCUCGACGAAGCCGUCGCUCGUACUCCCCACGCAGUCGCUCUCGCAGUCGUGACGAUUAUCGCCGCAGUGAUCGCCGGUCUCGGUCUCCUAUGAGUACUGCUCAGGGCGCAACUGGAGGACAUUCAGGAUCUGGUUACGGUGGCCGCAGCAGUUACCCUCCUUCGAGAUCUUUUGAGGAUCGCGCAGUCGCCAAAGAACAAAUGAUGCAAUCGGUACGCGAGUCGUCCCAACAGGACCGCCGGGUCUAUGUUGGCAACCUAUCCUACGAUGUCAAGUGGCAUCAUCUCAAGGACUUUAUGAGACAGGCUGGAGAAGUUAUCUUUGCCGACGUCUUACUACUUCCCAACGGAAUGUCGAAGGGAUGCGGGAUUGUGGAAUACGCUACAAGGGAGCAAGCGCAGAAUGCAGUCAACACGCUUAGCAACCAGAACCUCAUGGGUCGUCUUGUCUACGUUCGCGAGGACCGUGAGCCCGAACCACGCUUUACUGGUGGACCUUCCCGAGGAGACUUUGGGGGUGCUGGUCGAGGUGGCUUCGGAGGCUACGGUGGCCCCCCGGGUGGUGCUCCUGGCGGUGGUGGAAGACAACUCUAUGUGUCUAACCUCCCCUUCAAUGUCGGUUGGCAGGACCUGAAGGAUCUGUUCCGCCAAGCUGCCCAGCAAGGUGCUGUGAUCCGCGCCGACGUUCACACCGACGCAACUGGCCGUCCCAAGGGCUCCGGUAUUGUCGCUUUCGAAUCUCCCGAGGAUGCGCGCAACGCUAUUCAACAGUUCAACGGUUACGACUGGCAGGGACGGACAUUAGAGGUCCGUGAGGACCGCUUUGCCGGUUCCGGACCCGGCUUCGGCGGCCGGGGUGGCUACGGUGGCUUCGGCCGGGGUGGCUUUGGCGGUCGUGGUGGUUUUGCCGGCCGUGGCGGAUUUGGCGGCGGCGGCUUCAGGGGUGGCUACGGUGGAGCCGGUGGUUUUGGAGGCCCCCAGAACUUCGAGCCAGCCGCAUCGGCUGCCCCCAACCCAUUCACUGACUUUGCAACCUCUGGAGGAGAAAAGAGUCCCAUCAUCUACGUGCGCAAUCUGCCAUGGUCUACUUGCAAUGAUGAUCUGGUGGAUCUCUUCUCCACCAUCGGCAAGGUUGAACGUGCUGAAAUUCAGUACGAGCCCAACGGACGCUCUCGUGGCACUGGUGUAGUCCAGUUCGACAAUGCGGAGACUGCGGAGACUGCGAUUGCCAAAUUCACUGGUUAUCAGUAUGGUGGUCGUCCUCUCGGUAUCACGUUUGUCAAGUACUUGAAUGCAGACCAAGGCCAAGGCGAACCCAUGGAAGGCGCAGAACCCACUACCGGAAUCACGCAGGAUCAGAUCAUGUAA